GGAGCAUAUCUAAUUGUACUUAAAUAUCCAAACAUGUAUAUAUAUGUAGAUAAUAACUCUAAAAAUUGUAGCGUCUCCACAACCCUAAUGAUCAUUCACACAAAUAGAUGGGUAUUUGCUGUUCUUAUCGGAAAAACACGGCGGCGACGGCAAAACUAAUUCUUGAAGAUGGCAGAUUGAAAGAAUUCUCACAUCCAAUCAGGGUUUCACAGAUAUUACAAGGAAACCCCACUUCCUUUAUAUGCAACUCGGACGAUUUGAGCUUUGAUGACCAGGUUUCCGCCAUUGGUGAUGAGGUAAAUCUUGAAUUAGGUGAAAUUUACUUUGAGUUGCCAAUUAGCUGGUUGGACAGUCCUAUUAAGGCCGAAGACAUGGCUGCCUUGGCUGUCAAGGCAAGUUUGGCUAUGAAAAUUGGUAAUAGAAGAGUUUGGUACUGUCGUUGGUUUCGGCUUAGGAGUUCGAAUCUGGUCGAGUUGAAUGAAAAGAAAGCUUUUGAUACUGAACUAUUAGUGACAAUUGGCGGCAGCGAUAGUGGUGGUUUUGGGAGAGGAGCUGCGGCGAGGAGAAGCAAGGGAAGCAAAGAAAGGAAAUCUAGUAGUGAUUUGAGUAUUAUUUUAGAAGAGGAAAUGAUUAACUAAUUGGAGGUGAUGCCAUUGCUAAAGAUUGUUGAGUUUGAUUUAUCAGAUCAUUUUGUUGUUCAUGUGGAAUAUAAAUUUUAUCUCAAUAAUGUUGAAAUCGUCUCCAGAAGUGAUUCAAUAAUAUUAGAAUUAUCUGAAA